UAUGCGACGCGCGAUAUCCAAUGAGCGUAGUUUUUGCGGAAUACUAGUGUGCUUAUUGGAUAUCGCUAAUCGCUUAUCGUGUGUCGCAUCGCGCAUCGCGCUGGCUACGAGAGCCAUUAAGGAGCGAUAAAGAUAGAAAAACGCGAUAGCGUGUUCCCCGAACGCACCCUUAGUAACAGCUAGCUUGAUUUAUGAUCGGAAUUACGUUCGAAUUGCACUUGAUAAAGUUAUGCAGUUUAAAAAAUAAAAACUCUAAAAAUAAACUCUUCGUUAUAUUUUGUUAACACUAUGAGUUAAGAUAGAAUAAAGAAAAAUGCCUGCAGGGGCAGAACAUCCAGCUUCGAUGCCUUUUCAAGAUAGCCAAUACAAUUGGACAGAUGAUUUACCAGUUUGCAAACAAUCCGGAGUGGGUUUCUCCACUAAUCAGAUCUAUCGAGAAGAUGGAUAUCGACAAGAAGAACAUCCAUUUGAGGAUCGCAGUUUUCACUGCAGAUAUGAUGACUCCACAUUUCUUUAUGGUGUAUUUGAUGGCCAUGAAGGUACUAAAGCAGCUAACUUUGCUAUGCAAAGAAUAGCUGCAGAAAUCUUGCUUGGACAGUUGAAUGGCAAGUCAACUGAUGAAGAAGUAAAGGAAGUUCUUCGACAAGCAUUCAUAGCAGUUGAAAAAGGAUACAUGGAGUCAAUAGGUGAUUUAUUGGCAGAACGUGCUAGUCUACAAUUUGAUAUUCCUGAUGGGCUAAACUCUUAUGAAACAUAUCAAAAGUUUCCAGAGUUGGUUGACAAGCUGAAUACGCUAAAUUGCGAGCUAUCUACUGGAACCAGUGCUGUGGUUGCUUUAGUUUACAAAGGGCGAUUGUACGUCGCAAAUGUCGGUGACAGCAGAGCAUUAUUGUGCAAAACAGACAGCAAUCAAGUAUUGAGAGUCGUGCAAUUAAGUGUGGAUCAUGAUUUGAAAAACGAGGACGAGCUCUUGCGAUUGUCUCAAUUAGGCUUAGACAUCGAAUCAGUUAGACAAGGUUCUCAUCUUGGAAAUCAGGAAAACACACGUUGCCUCGGAAAUUAUCUCGUGAAAGGAGGAUACAGGGAAUUCGAAGAACUAGCGUCUUCCGCGCCGGAACCCAUCAUCGCAGAACCAGAAAUCCACGGCAGUAUCGAGCUGGAUGAAUCCUGCAGAUUUUUAUUGCUUAUGUCACGUGGCUUGUAUAAGUCGCUGGAAGAAGCCACUGGCACCGAUCAAGUUAACAAAGAAUUAGCUUUAAUAACAGUCGAACAGUUCCGAGUACAAUCAACCUUAACUGGCGUCGCUCAAGCGGUAGUCGAUAAGACUGUGAGAAUCCACCAUGACGUGAACAUGAGCAAUACCCAGAGCACCUUGACUUCGGGCAAACGAGACGAUAUUACACUCUUAGUACGAAACUUCAAUUUCCCGCUACCGCACGCCCUAAAGAGUCCGACCAGUCAAUCGGUGAGAUUCAAUCCCGUGGUGCAGACCGCACCGAUCAGAACCAUGCCGGACAACGAGGACUUCUCCAGCACCGGCACCGGCAUCACCGACGACAACUUCGACACGUCGACGACCGAGACUUCGACGACGACGACGUCGGAUAUGUAUCCUCCUGGCGCCAGAAUAACAGAUCGAAACGCCAGAAUUAAGCCUUACGUAGAUUUCUCAGAAUAUUACGAGAACGUCGAGAAGAGACGGCAAGAGGGAACUCUGCCAGAAGGUAUAGACUUCUAACAGUUUAUUUGUGAAAUGAGAUAUUUCAAUUAUCAAGAACAGCACUAUAGUCAUAAGCAUCAUCGAAUGUUCCUAUUAUUGUAGCAUAUUUUUCAUAGAUACAUUCAUCUGAACACGUGAUAUUUAUACACAUUUGUGUGCAAUACAUAAGGUACCUAUAUUAUGUAUGAUAUUGCUGUAUAAUAUUCUUUUUAUCGAGAUAAAAUUGCCUAUACUCUUGUAAAUUUAUUCGAAAGAAAAAGAGAAAGAUUAAACCAUUUGAUACUGUUUAUAAGUCAAUCGUCAAUUUUCGAUCGACAGCAUGUACUGCAGCUUGUUGUAGUAUAAAAAAUAAUAAAACAUUGACAAGUAUA